UGAGUAUCUAGGGGAAGAUGGCCUGUGGACACGGGCAGACAGUGCUGUAUAAAAGCUUUCCUAACCGGAAGUUCCACCCCUUUUCAUCCCCUCUCUGGCAGACUGACGUUCAGUCGGCUGACACAAGCAGCAUGCCUCGCAAGAUAGAAGAAAUCAAAGAUUUCCUGCUGACAGCCAGGAGGAAGGAUGCCAAGUCCGUAAAGAUCAAGAAGAACAAGGACAAUGUUAAGUUCAAGGUGCGCUGCAGCAGGUACCUGUACACCCUGGUCAUCACAGACAAGGAGAAGGCUGAGAAGCUGAAGCAGUCCCUGCCCCCAGGUCUGGCUGUGAAGGAGCUCAAGUAAAUCCGUGAUGUACAGAUAAUUGUAAUAAAAAUUGGAAAAAGAGUAA